CACAUGAAACAACAGCAGGAAGUAAGUCGCUGCGUUAGUCAAAUUCGUACAGUGAGGAAUAUUUGAAUUUAACAACCGCACGAUGAGAGGCGAAUAUUAAUAUUAAAGUCAGAAUAGUUUGUAAAUUGAGGACUUCAGUGCAUCCGCACAAAUGAGUGUGCGUGCUUUGUGGAUUAUAUCUCACGAGAAGGGAGAAAAUGUGUCAAUACGCUUUUCAAGGAGGUUUGCUACUGUGGAGCACCGUGCAAAGAGUCUGGCAGGUUCCUCAUAUAUAGCAGUCCCAGAAGAAAACACCGUGCUGCAACUCCUGCUCACUGAGCUGGGGCUUUCAGACUCAGACAAGUCCUAUGUAGCUCUCAGAGAUGAUUGCCUUCAUUGUCAGCGAUCACCAGCCCUGGAGCUGCGUGUGGACGGUCCUGGAAAGGGAAUACUUUGGCCAGUGUUGGCCAUCUCGCAAGGGCCUCUUAUCCUAGCUUGCCUGCCUUUAGUGGAUGCCCCUGCUGAACCACGGCCACCCCUUGCCAGCCUGCUGUCUGUUUCCCAGGGCCUCACGCUCCUGGCAGGUCUGCAGACUUUUGUCCUCGGCUCUGGGGGUAAGCCUGAUAGCGAGGGGCUGGCCUCUCGCUUGGCGAUGCUGCCCUCUGUACUUCUGCAGGUUUGUCCACUUGGCACGCCCCUGAAUGUGCCACUCCUGGGGGUACCUGCUACACCCUCAGUGCCCACUCCUGCUGGGAACCAGAAGCAGCCAGCCUGGAAGACGGGGCUCCACCGCGGUCGAGCUGUGGUGAACGUAGCACUGAUAGAAACAGUACGCUCCAUGCAGUAUGGUAACCGGAGCAGACAGGACCUGUGGGAUGUUUUUGGCACUGUGACAUGCAAAUGUGAAGUGGAAGGGGUGCUCCCAAAUGUGACAGUGACCCUCACACUACCACCAAAUGGUUCUCCACUCCAGGACAUCCUGGUCCAUCCUUGUGUCACCUCACUGGACUCUAGUAUCCUUACUGCCAGCAGUGUGGAUAACUAUGAUGGCUCAGCUUUCUCUGGGCCAUAUAAGUUCCCCUUCUCUCCUCCUCUGGAGCCUUUCAGACUAUGCAGCUAUACAUCUCAGGUCCCUGUUCCCCCUAUCCUCGGUUCAUAUCAACUGAAGGAAGAAGAGAACCAGCUGCGUGUGUCAGUAACCCUCAAGCUUCACGAGAGUGUGAAGAACAGUUUUGAGUACUGUGAAGCACACCUGCCAUUCUUUAACAGGAAUCAGAUGGGCGUUGCAGAUGUGAAAGUGAGCUCUGGACAAGUGGAUGUCUCAAAGGAGAAGAACCUGCUGGUCUGGGGCCUGGGACAAAAGUUCCCUAAAUCUCGUGAGGUCACAAUGGAAGGCAAGAUCAGCUUUUCUGGGCCGACACCAGGACCCACUGACCCCCUCUGCACAGAGCUUACGGCCUAUAUCAAAUUGUAUUUCAAAGUGCCUGACAUGACGCUCUCUGGGUGCUGUGUGGACCAGCAUUCAGUGCAGGUUUAUUCCUCUGCCAAACCACGGAUUGUAACAUCCCGAGAACUUCUGUCCAAAGAGUACUUCAUAUGGAAUUCAACAGGAACUGCUCCGGUUUCCUCUGGGCAGAUGAUGCUAUAGCAUGGACACAUUAAGAGCUGCUUGGUGGAAAGGAGUGCUGCUCACUAUACUGUAACAGGACUGAAGACCCUGUCAAGCAUAUACAGUGAUCCCGACCGGAUAUGCGACCCCAUAAAAUCAAUUUGUUACUAUCCUGUUGUUACUGGAGAGCUCACAAAUGAUAGAAAAUGUAAACAGCAGUGAAAACAAUUGGUAGAUUUUACAUGUUAUCUAACAUUUACAUAUAAAAGACAAAAUAAUUUAGCUUUCACUCAGCACAGUUCUCAAUCUGAAAACUUUGACUGGCAGAAGUAUUGAUUUUGUUGAUGAAUGGAUACUUAAAAGAAAAAUACCUGCCCCUGUAGUCAAACUUCUUCUUUUAUCCCCCAACCUUCACGCUCCCUCAGAUUUAUCCCAUUGCAGACACAAGGACCACCCCUCGCUCUGACAGUCCCACUUCAGUGACUCUCCAUCAGCCGGAUAAUUAGCAGCUGGGGCCUUGUCAUCAGCUGUUGUGGGCCUGGAGGAGAGGGGCGGCUGUGCUGUGAAAGGCCAGGCUGCUCUGGCCAGUGUCUUGGCUACAAAAGGCUCCUCUUUUAGAGCUGGCAGGAGUCCUUGCCCUCAUCCACCAAUCACUCCCCCACCCAUUUUGACCCUAUCCCUGCCCUGUCAACUAGUGGCUAGUUCAAACACACAACCUCUCCAACCAGACUGUGAUUGACCGCUGACCCUCUGGCCCUCCUGAGACUUUAAAGCAGCCGGUCCCAUUCAGCGAGCAGGACCUGCCUAAUUGGUGAAAAAGUCACAAGGAUGGAAAUGGUAGGGUCGCCUCUUGAGGUUGCAUAUGUGCUUUAACUCAAUUAAUGUAGUGUGUAGUAUGAACUUUAAGUAUAUGAUUUUGAUCUUUAUUGUUUUAACACACGUGUCAAGGUAGACCUCUCUUUACAAUCAAUACUUAGUUAUAAAGAGAUUAUUUACAGAGGGGCAUUUAGUUCCAGGCAUUUCUUACUGUUUACUAUUACCUGAACUAUGAUGAGUUUCAUACUAAUUCUGUUACAUUUCUACUAUGAAAGCUCCACCUCAAUGUAUUAUGUUGAAUGAAUAACUAGCUGAUGAAGGGUUAAAUCAGAGGAGAUUGUGCCCCACUUGUACCACAGCAGCCAGACUCCUCUGAGUGCCUUCAUUGUCUGCUGUUGGCCUCUUGUGCCCCUUGCUGGUCCAAAUGCUACAUUCUCACGUGGAUUUCCACUCAGAAGGCUGACCAUGACCAAUCCUCUGUCAAUUGGAACCAAUUGCUCACACGGCAUCCUUCACCUUCUUUUUAUGUAGCAGUGCGGAGUGGCAGACACCGAGACCUCUCGGCUCUCCCCCUCCACGAUGAUUUGGCUUUAAGGCCCAGUGUGUGUGGCUAGUGAACUGGAAAAGGAGAAGUUUUUUUUUUUUGAAGAGUUGGGCCACUCUAAAUCUCCUCAGUAUCCCAAUAUGUGGUCAGUCUGGCUCCUCAAGUCUGCAGUCAGUGGCCUCUCACUGGCAGACUUUGCUUUGUUGAUUGAAUGGCUUGCUAAGUAAUUGGACUUGUUUUAAUGUUUUGCUCUGCUCCAGUGCAUUCAUCUCGUACCUUUGGGCCUUUAAUUCAGUGAAACAGUGUUUUUCAGAAUCAUUAAUUAAUUAAUUAAUUAAUUAAUUAAUUAAUUAUUCAUCAUCAUGUUUACUCUUGUAUACACACAUACAGGAAAGGGAUUAACACUUUUGUACAAUAGUCAUCAAAAUAAAACUCACAUGGGCCAAAAUCAAUUUGUGACACUAAAGCAGCAGUGUUGAUUCUCAUAAAUCAUGUUAAUCUAUCCCAAGGUUGCCUAGCUUUAAAUGCUCAGAAUGAUCUUUCAUGCCAAAAGGUUGACCAUACCAAAACAUUUACUACACUAUUACAAACACUGGGACUAUGGGAGUUUACAUCACUGUGUCCCUCAGCCCAAUUAUGACACCCAGUGGUAGAGUACAAUAAAGUUCAUGUUAGAAUAUUUUGCUUACUUUGAUACAGUUUAAUACUCCUUUCUUUUAUUGAAAUACUUCUACUCAACCACUGCCAGAUAAUCUUUGCUCAUUUAAUUCCUGUCCAGCUCCUUGCUGUGCGACGUGAUCCCAGCAAUGUUCAUCUAACGCGCCGUGCCUGAGGACCAGGCUUUUGUCGGCCACUGUGCCAGGUGUUUGGUAGGAGUCCAGUUCCUCUCAGCCUCUCUAAAUCCACUAAGAGCCGGCCUCAGGGAGACCACUUGAAUAAUGAUGGUGCAAUUUGCAGUUUCCUGUUUUCAGUCUAAUUAUUCUUCAAGAGUCACAGAUCUUUUCAAAUAAGGGGAUAUCUUUGGAUACUGAAGGAUUCUUUUGCACUAACUAUACCAAAUGCCCAGUAAUAGCUUCAAAGCUGGCUGAUUUAAUUGUGAAUUGUGUUUUUGAAUGUUUGCUAUCAAUAUUGUGGGAAGGCUAAAUGAGUUUCAGACUCACUGCCUCAACAGCAAGUUUUCUCAUUUUUGUACAUCACUUUCACCCAUAGAGGGCACCAUAAACUCAGCCACGGAGGGAAUAUCUCUGGAACAUCAGGAGUUUUGUUUAUGCAAGUUGGUUAACUAAGUGUUCUCCAGUUUAUAGUCCCAGAUCCCUCUUGCACCUCUUAUCCUCCCUGUCUGACAGCUUCUGGCAGACUCAGGCCAAAUCAUUAUUCAUUUGUCCAUGAUAAGUUUUUGUCUAAAGACAGUACCCUGUGUCCACUUUGUUGAGUUCUUUCCUCUCUCUUUCUGGGACCUUGAGCUCGAUCUCUCUGGAUCCCGUCUUCUCCUGUGCACAGGAGGUGUUUGUUUGGCUGGUUACGCUGACUCUUGUCAUAGAGGUGAGGCAGAGAUAUGGGGUCCAGAAUGCAGCUGGGGUCCAGACUUUCUCCUGUGGUCUCAUCCCAGAAGAUGUCCCUCUCUGUGGGCCUUCUCACAAGUUUCAGUCUCUGGAUCCCCUCUGUAUUUGGACCUCCAACUAAAGAGCCAAGUGAAAUGACCAAAUGAUGUUGGAAUCAAUCACUAGACCACAUUCAGAUAUGUUUUGAAACAACUUGGCUUGUUAGAAUAACAAUAUAUUAAUAAUUUUCAGUCAUACCAUUAAUUUUGUAGACAACCUUAUGUCUUCUCUGCUCUCUGGCUUGUCGGAGGUGAGCUCGCCGAUGUUGAUGAGUCUGUUGAGUGAGAGCUGUCUGGGCCUCCAGGAACCCUCCCUAGAAAGGCCACAGAGCCAUAAGAAACCAGUGGUGGAAAGCAACUAAGUACAUUUACUACAUCUUUUUUUAACAGAUUUAUGUAACAAGAUUUCGUUUUUUCUCCUUUCCUAGUACAUUAAUCAUCUCACAACCCCCUAGGUUGGGAACCACUGCCUUGAACUACCAAACUGUAUAUAAAAAAGUUAAAAUGAGCAUCAGUAUUAACAAUCAACUAAUGUAAUAUAUGAUAAUAUAUCAGUCACUGGGGCCAUUUUUCUGCAGAACAAGUACUUUUACUUUAAGUACAUGUAGCUGAUAAUACUUGUGUACUUUUACUUGAGUAGGAUUUGAAAUGCAGGACAAAAGGAGUAUUUUUACGUUGUUCAGGAUCGGACUACUUAUUCCACCACUGCAGGAAACUUUUACACACAUAUUACAAUGCAUGCUUUAUGUGUUUUAUGUGAGUUCUACUAAACAUAUUUCCUAUGGACAGAUGGUGGAUUUAAAGCAAACCAUUGUAUAGAAAGACUGUCAAGACUAUACUUUUGUGUCUUGUGUAUUUAAUUGUUGGGGCUUUUGUGUUCCUAGUAUCCUGGAAAUAGAUCCCAUUGAGGGCCAGUCACGGCUGUAGACCACCCUACUUUUCACUCCACCGACACUUUAAUCAGAUCCACUGGGACAGGAAGGGCCCACACUCAAGCUGUCUGUCUCUCUCUCUCAGUCCCCCCCCCCCCCCAAAAAGCACUGCUGCACACUUUAAUUUUCCCUCAAUAUAAAAAUGUAUGAUCUGAAUUAUUAAUGUUAUAGAUGCACUUCAGCUCUUCUGUACUUUGUCAAGAUGCUUUACCUGAAUCAUUCUGCUGGUGCCGGAGUGUCCUGCCUGGCCGGUUGUAGAAAACCGGUGGACACCCCCAUCUCUGCAGUCCCUGCUCUACAACAAGCAUCAAAUUUCUUAUUGGGCUUUGAGAUGGCAUGAGGGUAGUGACGCUGGGACAGUCAUCAGCGAUAUUUAUUUAUUUUUUGUUCUAUUACCAUGGCAAUUUGAUUGGCAGUGCUUGUGUGGCCAAUUUGAAGGGCCAGUGGUUGCAGUGCCUGAGGAGAGAUAAUGAUGGGGUGUCUGGGUAAAAAUCAGAACCAGUCAGAAACAAUAAUGCUAAAUUAGGUCUGUCAGAGUCCCAGCUCAGAACUGAACAGAUGAGAAACUUCUCAUAUGAAUCUCGCAACAAAAAUAGCCUGUUAUAGUUAAUAAAACUAUAUCAGGCAGCUGAUUUUGCCGUGCUAACCUGGGAUCUUCGGGGUGGAUGGGAGUGAAUGAUGCUUGAAUUGUUGCUUUGCUUUAGUGGGAGGUUUCCUGCAAAGCAUGGUUCUUACAGCACACACAUGCACACAGUUAUCUCAUAUGAAAAUCAGUAUCACAACCGAGUGGUCUGUAAAAAAUAUUAAAAGCCUGAGUGGGAAUAAAAAAUUAGACAUACUAA